UGCCAACUUUAGAGGACGAACCCAUGACAGCACUCAUUGCUGGAUCAUGUCCUCGUUAACCUCUGUAAGCAUAAACAAGAAUCAGAAACGAUUCGCCCCUCAAAUAAAAGACAAACCCCGUGCACGACCACGAUCCACUCGAGCCGCUCCAGCCCAUGGCGAGUCGCUUCCCACGUCCGCCGAGCAACAACACGAGAAAGUUGACAGCUCUGCGAAACCAACGACGAUCAACUCACAGCUUGGUCCUGUCCGGGGAGAUUCACCACUUCCGCAUUCACCGAAAAAGCGCAAAACAUCCGUAACCCUCGACAAGACCCCAGCCGAGACUGACCAAGUCGCGCAUUCAGACAUAGUAGCGUUGCCUGAGAACUCAUCGCUUCUGCAUUCGUCCAGGAAGCGUGAAGCAUCUGUAAUCCAAGACAAUACCACAAAGGAUACUCAUGAAGUCGUAGCUCCUGAUGCUGCUGUCUUGGCUGACGUGGAGAAAUUGAUCCGUGAUGUGCCUCCAGCGCUUUUAGCAAGACCCGAUAAUGAUGCUACUCUUUCGGUACCACAGCCACUGGAACCGCAGGAUAAGCACGAGACCGACGAUCUAUUGCAGCAAAACAAUCUUCAACCGAGCUUGAUCGGGAUGCCCUGCCAAGCAGAUCAACAACAACAACAUUCAGCUAUUGUACCCCAUCCGCAACCUACAUUUGGACAAAACCAGGAGACGGCCAUGGAUAUUCCUAAUAACACAAUGUCUGUUAACGAAAGCGAUGAACGCCAUGAAAACAUCACACCAGUCGAUGAUAGGUGGAUGAACAUGAUGGAGCAGACACUCAAAGCGAUUGAACAUGCUUCUGAGCGCAAAUGGGCAAAGCUCAAGUCAACUGCUGCCACUGCUAGGGAAAAGAAAAACUUGGAACAGUAUUGGAUGAAGUAUCAACAAGAGGAAAGGGAAAGAAAAAGAAAUGAAGAAGAAGCUGAAAAAAAGGCCUUUACUAGGUCGGAUGCGCCCCAAGUGAAACUUGUGAAUGGCGAAAUUGUUCUGGACGAAGAUUCUUUAGAACGGCCGAUUCAAGAUCCGCCGCAAACUGAAGAAGAGAUUACCCCGCAGAUCGUAGAAGAGAGUAGCUCGCUUUCAGCAUCUGAUGUCAGGAAUCAAUAUGACCGCGUUAAAAGAAAACGAUGGACUAAAGCCGAAACGGAACGAUUCUAUGAGGGUAUUCAGAUGUAUGGACUGGACUUUGGCCAAAUCGCUACCUUGUUUCCGGAUAGGGAUCAGAAAUCGGUCAAGAUCAAGUAUUUAUACGAAGAGAAAUGGUUCCCAUGGAAAAUCAAUGACUAUAUUUUCAGCCAUUCAUGAAACCGAAACACACAAAUACUACCAACUCGGUAAAGGCAUCAUUUCGUAAUGGCCACCUGCCCAUUCAUCACUUGUUCGCGCGACCAAAAAAAAAACUGCCGUUUAUAUGAAGCGAAGCGGUUUCUGAAGGAGACUGAUAAGCAGUGGUUCCGUAAUAACGUCGAUCAAAAAAGUCGAAGUUCGUGGAUCAAGAAGGGAAGAGAGAUCAGCGUACGUGGAUGAACGCACGAACAAUGACUUUGGUUUGAAAACGGGUAGCCCUUUGGAAGUAUCUUUAUUCAUCAUUGGUGACACUGAAGUCUGUGUUUCC